AUGGUGCUUGUGGCCCCUGUUGAUGGGAUCACAGGUGAUGUUUGCACAGGUGGAGGGUACUGCCCUGUUGGUUCAGCAUUCCCUGUGCCCUGCCCAGUGGGCACAUUCAGUAAUACCACUGGUCUGAGGAGCUCCGAGGAGUGUUUGCCCUGCCCUCCAGGACUUUACUGCUCUGGAUUAACUACCCAAGCUCCAACAGGACCAUGCAGACCAGGAUACUUCUGCACAGGUAGUGCCAGCAGUCCAACUCAGCAUGACACCAAAGAGGGCCACUAUUCACAUGCUGGGGCAGAAAACCCUGAGCCCUGCCCAUUGGGCACUUUCCAAUCGGCACCUCUACAGUCAUCUUGUCUAACUUGUCCCCAGGGAAGGUAUUGUAACCAGACAGGCUUGGUCACUCCUCCACUUUGUAUCCAAGGACAUUACUGCCCUCCUGGGAGUAUUCUGCCCAUCUCCUGCCCUGCGGGACACUAUUUACAUCAAAAAGGAGCAGCAGAUAUUAGUUCAUGUACACUUUGUGACCUAGGGAUGUACUGCAGUGUGGCAGGUCUUUCUGCACCUGAAGGACCCUGUCAGCCUGGUUAUUACUGCACCAGAGGUUCAAAUACUUCCAUUCCAGUGGCAAUGCCGUUUGGUGACAUUUGUCCAGCAGGUUAUUAUUGUCCUUUCGGAACCAAGCACGCUUUUGAAAACCCAUGCCCAGUCGGAACAUGGAAUAACUUUACAAGUGCCCAAGAUAUUGCCUUGUGUCUUCCAUGCACACCUGGAUUUUCCUGCAGUGGUCCUGCACUGACUCAACCCAAUGAAUUGUGUGCUCCAGGUAGGAACUUUGCUUUAUUGAUGAUGGGAGUAAUCAAGCCUACAGUACUCAGUUUCACUUUUCACAACUCCAUGUAUUUCAUAUUAAUUAUUCACUAUAGGUUUUUAUUGUAA